UUCAUUUUAUCGUUACAUUAAAACAGUGAAACCAGGUCAAAGUUUGAACAAGUUGAGUAAAAUCUAGUUUGCAUUUCCUGUUAAAACAUGUUGAUUUAAUAUGCUGCUCGGAAGUAAAUAUGAACUUUGAGUCAAAAUGGGAAAUACAAUCUAUUUGCCGACUACAAAAGACGGAAAACUUACCACUCGAGAGGUUGCUCUGAGUGAAGUUGAGCUUGCAGCACUCGUCGUCGGGGUCGUAUUAGGGGCGAUCCUCAUCAUAUCAUUGGCAGCACUCCUUAUAUAUUCAAUCAAGCAAAAGAACAAGAGGAGGAGAAAGCGAGAGGAGGUGAAGAAAAAUCUCGCUCAAAGUACGAUACGUAGAGAGCUGCAUAUGAAUAAACAAAAAUAUGUUCCUAAUGGAAGACCGGUUGAUAAUGAUAUAUCCAGUGGAAAUGGAAACAGCUUUGAACAAAGCUCGCCCAACUACCUGACCAACACAAGACUGGUGCAAAAGUACAAACGUCAAGCGGCACCAUCUCGCGCAAGAGCAGUCGCUAGAAGCGACAAUACCUCAUACUAUUACCAAUGGUGGGACCCACGAUCCUGGUGGUACUAUUGGAAUACCCGAGCUUCUAAUGCCCCAGCCAUGCAGUACUAUGGCACACAAAAUAAUACAUAUCAUACCAUGACGAGAUAUUGAAAUGACCUUUGCAUGAGUGUGACAUGAAAACUCAAAUGACAGAUAGCAAAAGUUAAAUCUUAUGAUAUUGUUAACCAAAGGGCUCCAUCCAUAUUAUGAAUUAUUGAAUGAUUUGAUGUGCAAUGCAGGAUAUAUUCUGCUCGAAAAAUUCCGAAUACCGAA